AUGGUUGGAGGUGUUCUUACGGGUGGUGAUGGACAAAAAGGUCCCAACUUUGAUCAAAACUAUUACAUUUCAUGGGCAAAUGACCAUGUUCUCUCUCAACGCCAAGGAAGAGAAAUCCGGCUUUCUAUGGACAAAUCAUCUGGCUCAGGAAUUGCAUCCAAAUUGACUUACAGUUCUGGCUUCUUUCAUAUGAGACUAAAGCUUCCUGCCGGAAACUCAGCUGGAGUUGUUACAGCUUUCUACCUUGCUUCGCAUUCCAAUGCUCAUGAUGAGCUGGACUUUGAGUUCUUGGGUAACUUAAAAGGGCAGCCCCACUUUAUUCAAACAAAUGUCUUUACAAGUAAUGUAGGAAAUAGAGAGCAAAGAAUCAAACUUUGGUUCGACCCUUCGGCUGCUUUCCAUACUUACAAAAUCCUUUGGAACCCACAUCAAGUAGUAUUCUUUGUCGACAACACUCCCAUAAGGGUUUACAAGAACAAGGUAAAUAUAGGAGUUGGGUACCCAUCACAACCAAUGCAAGUAUUGGUAAGCAUAUGGGAUGGAGAUAGCUGGGCAACUGAUGGAGGAAGAAUAAAAGUUGAUUGGAGUCAAGCUCCAUUCAAUGUCUUCUUACGAAGUUUUGACAUUAAUGGAUGCCCUUCUUAUAACAACACUGAUGAUCAGCAAUGUGAAACUAGUAAGUAUUGGUGGAAUAGAGAGCAAUAUUGGAGUCUAAACCCUAACCAACAAAGGGCAUAUCAAGCUGUAAAGAACAACUAUAUGACUUAUGACUAUUGCUCGGACAGAGGUAGGUAUCCAAAGCCUCCUCCUGAAUGCCCUCAGUAA